AUGGCCAAAUUAUGCAACAAAGUGAAAGAGUUUGGUAAGGUCGACCCCUCACAGAAGCCUCGUUCUCCGCGAGCGGCUCACCGCGAGGUCACUUCACCACCCAGUCGUCCGGGUCCGCCCCCCUUCAGUCGCUUCGCGGCAUCAGAAGCCCUCAAGUUAACUUUGCUCAUAUAUCUGAGGUUUGGCUCCAGUAUCUGCUGUUUCUCUACGCCUAGAUCACUCUUCAGGAUGUUUCCCAAAGUACUGAAUACUCACAACUUAAUAACUACUGAGGAAUUCUCAUCUACAACUUCAACAACUGCCACAAUCACAGUUCCCACCAAUACCACUACUACAACCACUAGUGGCUUUCAUCUGAAUCUACACCCAUGGAUUCAUUUCAAUGUUCAUUCGAUUGCUGCUACUACAUCUGUGCCCUCAAUAGUAACUCCUGUGGUGACAUAUGCUCGUCUGAAUGAUAUGACCAGGAAUGUAAAGCUUGAGCUACCAGAUGAAGACAAGAAAUUUCUGCAACUGGCCACCCAAGUCAGUAUUUGGGACCGUAAAUUGGAUGCGAAUCUUGAGGAGCUUACUGCCUUACAUGGAAGAAUGGAAAAAGUGAAAAUGCAUCAAAGAAGAUUGAAACUUGAACUGAGCUGUCUGAUGGUAGAGCAGAAGGAGCUACAAGAAAUGCUGAACCCUAUUGAGACCUACAUAAAGCAGCAGAAUGAGGACCUUAAUGUGGAAAAUGACAAUGAGGAAUCUUAGAAGAUGCAUGAUGAAUAUGAAGGUAGAAGAGUUAACAGCAAAAACGUGAUAUGAAGAUUGCAUUUGAUUGAGCUAGCAUGUUCAAUCUGGAUUGUUCAUUGCCUAUGGGUUAUGAUGAUGCUAAAAACAGUAGUGUUUACACUUACUAAUCUUUUAUUGCAAUAAGCUAUAUGUUUGUGUGUGUUUUUCAUUCAAAUACUGUGCUGUUUAGAAUUAUGCUCAUUAAUUUUGCUUUUGGAAUUAUGUAAAAAACCAUUUUAAGUUCUUUGUCAACAUAAUACUGAGUUAAAUGUGGGUUCUCUGUGCGUAGUGUAUACCAUACUCUCCUGCGUCCCACAUACUAUCAAUAUAAUGUAUCUUCCACCCUACCCUAUGUGAAUUAUGAAGUCACGUCUGCCAAAAAUAGCAUGCCAACCAUCUUUUAAAGUGUGCUAAUUAUGUUCAGUAUUAAUGGUUAGAUGCUAUAAAUCUCUGUGGUCAAUGACAUUUGCUCUCCACAGCUUGACAUGAUUUGUAUCUGUAAGAAAACAUUAUGGACAAUUCAAAGACGUGUAUUAUGACUUACAAUAAUGUAGAAAUUCUGAGAAGAAAGCAAUAAGUGGUUAUGGGAUUUGAAUUAUGAUUUUCUGUUUUGCUUUUUGUUCAUGGUACUAAGGAUGAAAGCCAGGGCUGCACAUGUACACUAUCAACACUAAACAACUAGACUAUACCUCAGUCCUGAAUUAGGUUAUUUUUAAAACGUGAGAUUCAGGUAAUUUAGUUAUUUUUUAUUAUAUUGAUAUCCUCAUGUUUUGUUGUUAGCGUAUGAUUUAUAACUGCUGCUUUUGUGUAUUUUUUGUUUUUCAAGAAAAACCCUUCUUUUAAGCCUUGGAACAUACUUUUAUUUUGUAUUUGACUUAAGUCACAAAUGCACAAUAUUUUUAAAGUUAAAGUAAAAUACUUGGAAGUUUUUAAGUGGCUGAGAUGAAUUUCUUUUGCUCUGAGCACAUGUGAAUGUAAUGACAAUUUACACAAUAGGAAGAAAAUAUUUUUGAAAUGAUUAUUGGUGAUAGUUAGUCUAAUGUAUAGACUAAAUGCCAGAAUUCAUAUGGUCUGACUUUUAACUAUGUAAAAGGAGCAACUACUUAUUUAGGUAAGUUUUGUCAUCCCUCAAAACUAAAAUAAGGUGAAAAUAAUCCAGACCAUUAAAUCUUCUAAAGUUCUGUUGGAGAACAUAACUUUUGAGAUUAGUAUACUCAAAAUUUUCAGUUGAGUAUGAAGACAUUUCCCCAAUUGUCUGUAAAUAUUCACCUCCCAUCACAUAGUUAGUAUAUAAGUUAAGUUCCACAUUCAGUAAGAGAAUAUAGUAUUUUGGAAGAAAUUCUGAUUGACAUCUUGUGUCUGCCUAAUUAAUUGGACAAAUAACUUCAUUUGGGGCAUUAUAUUUUGUCAGCAAAAUGAAAGAAUUGGUUCAUAUUGGUUCAUUUUCUCAAGUGUUUUGUGAGAAUACAUUCAUUUUCUUUCUUUUUUAUUUUGGGUCCAGUCGUGGGGCCU